AUGUUAGCCUUCCUAAUCUCUUCUUCAGCUCAAAAAAAUUAUCAAGGCUGGCAGAGCCAACCAAUACAAGAAGCAGCUCAAGAAUCAUAUAAUAUUAUCGAAUGCCAGUUCGUUGAAAUUGGUGGCGAUUCUUCUUCAAGUGCCCUAUGGUUACAUGGCGGUACAACAUCAACGUCAAUAUAUUUGCUUGCCACAUUAUUCCAUAG